AAGUGUCAACUUGUCAAAUCCAUGCGCGCAUGUUUUGGUUUUGAAUAUCUACACAGUAUAAUUUAGUUUAGAAAAAACUUGAAAACAGAUUUUAUUUAAAUACGAAGUUAAUAAUACUACUUAGAAAUGGCGGAACAAGUUAAUCAGCGUAUUGAGGGAAUGAUAAAUGAGCUAGAACAAAUGAAACGUACUAAUCUUUAUGACGACGCCGAAAUAAGGGAAAUAUCAAGGAAAAGAAAAGAAUUUGAAUACAGAAUACAGCGCAGAAUAAAAGAGAAAGAGGACUUUGUUCAAUACAUAUCCUAUGAAUUGACUUUACUAGAAGAUAUAUCACUGAGAAGAAAGCAGGCUAAACUUUCAGAAAAGAAAAAAGAUAUAGAGUAUGCUAUAGCUAAGAGACUCAAUAAGGUGUUCAGGCAAUUUGUCUAUAGAUACCAGAAUGAUGUGGCUAUAUAUUUUGAAUACCUAAAAUUCUGUCAAAGUGUUGGCUUUGAUUAUGCUGUAGCAGCUAUUAUUGGUCAAAUGUUACAGAUCCAUGGCGACAAACCGAAGAUGUGGCAAAUGGCAAGCAAGUGGGAGAGUAAGGAACAGAACAAUUUAGAAAAUGCUAGAAGCUUUCUUCUAAAAGGCAUUCACAGGCAUCCAGACUCAGAAAUACUUUAUUUGGAUCUCUUUGAAAUUGAGCUCAUGAUUGCUUACCAAGCUGAUGAAGAAGAUAAAGAAAAAUAUCUAAAAAGAGCUGAAGUUGUUUGGAGAAAUGGAAUGAAAAAUAUAUCAGAUGUAAAUUACUUGUUGAAGCUGUGUGAUUUGUCAUUGAAAUAUGGAAUUGAUGAAACAACUACUGCUUCUAUAAAAGAGGAGAUUUGGAAUAGAAGAACAGAAAGAGAUGUUUGGACUUAUAUAGCAAACAAAGAAUUAGAGGGAUUCCAUUGGACAGAAAUUGAAGAAUUUCUUAAUGAUGAAUUAAAUUAUCCUCCAGAAAUAAACAACUACAUUGCAGUGUAUGAAGAAGCUUUGCAACAGUUUCCAGAUGCAGCACUUUGCACUAAAUACAUCCAUGGCCUACUUGGUGUAAAGGAUAGUGUUUGUUCUGAGAUACAGAAAAUUAACACUGUGAAACACGCUUGGAAUUACGGUCACGAAAACGGGCUCCUUACUAAUGAAAUGUAUGCAUUUGGCAUUAGUGUGUUAAAGUUGGAAGAUGAAAUGACGAAAGAUGAACUCACUGAGAUUCUUGAUGCGGCAUUAGCUAAAAACCCACAUUGUAGAAAUUUAUGGGAGGAAAAGCUUUUGCUUAACAAGUCAGAUGAAAAAAAAAUGUUAUCCAUACUCCAAGAGUCGGGCAAAAGUCUUAAAUCUGAAGAUUAUCUUGCACUGUGGAAUUUCAUGUUUGAUAAUAUUGAUUCAAAUGUUGUAUUCAAGACUUGUUAUGAGAAAUUCAAGACCUGUGAAAAUGCAGUAAUAUUUUCCCUAAAGCCUAAGCUUUUACAAAAAAUGUAUGAACACAAUGGCAUUAAAACUGCAAGACAUAUCUAUGAAGAGUUUAUUAGAACUCCACCAACUCAAGUUGAGCUACAUAGAGUUAUGAUUGAAAUAGAAAUGUCCCAAGAGAAACCGGCUUUGAAAAAUGUUAGGAAGUGUUAUGAAGCAUUGGUGCAGCAUCAUGGGACCAAUAAUAUUGAAGUAUGGAUGGACUACAUGAACUUCGAACAGACUAAAGGUAGUGCUGCAUCUGUGCCGGCUAUUCAUAGAAGAGCUAUUGGAAUGUUGGUGAAGGAUUUAGUAGACAAGUUCAUUGAAGCUCAAACAUUAUCAAAAUUGAAAUAAAUAAUUUAAUUUAA